AUGGAUCAUUCCACUGCUGUAAAAGAGAUCUCGGCGCGGGCGGCCGAAUUCUACCAUCGCCAACAACCGUUCCGCAUUUACCAUGGCUCAACCAACAGUACACGUCCUUCCAACCACUCUGCAUCGACCACCAUCAGCACUGCCGACCUCACCCAUGUCCUCGAGAUCGACCCCGACCGGUACACAGCGCUUGUUGAGCCCAAUGUCCCCAUGGACGCGCUGGUGGCUGCCACCAGCGCCCAUGGCUUAGUACCUUUGGUGGUCCCGGAGUUCCCGGGAAUCACCACGGGUGGUGCUUUCUCGGGGACGUCCGGUGAGAGCUCUUCGUUUCGAGAGGGGUUUUUCGAUCACACCAUCAAUUGGGUUGAGAUGGUGUUGGCCAAUGGAGAAGUCGUGAAGGCAUACAAUGAUCGCGUCGGGAACGUGGGGUCAGACAACGCGGACUUGUUUUGGGGCGCGGCGUCCUCUUUCGGCACUCUCGGCGUGGUCACCCUGUUGGAAGUUCGCCUGAAGAAGGCAGAACCUCUCGUCGAAUUAAAAUAUUAUGCUAGCUCCAACAUGAAAGAUGCGGUGCGAAUCUUCCAAGAGGUUGGCGCGGAUCCCCAGACCGAAUUCUUGGACGGCAUCGUCUACUCUCGGAACGAAAUCGUCAUUUGCGCGGGACGACAGGUCGAACAUACCCCUGUACAACUCCAGCGCUUCACACGCCGUCAAGACGAUUGGUUUUACUUGCAUGUUCAACGUGUCACGUCCGGGGCCUUCGGCCGAGUCGAUUCUCACAUGCCACAUGCAGUGGAUUAUAUCCCUUUGACAGAUUACCUUUUCCGCUACGAUCGGGGUGGGUUUUGGGUUGCGCGCUAUGCCUUCCACUACUUCUGUGUCCCAUUCACCUUUGUGACGCGUUGGCUCCUCAAUCGUUUCAUGUACACCAGGGUGAUGUAUCACGCUCUACAUGUCAGUGGACUGGGCCGGCGGUAUGUCAUCCAGGAUGUUGGAGUGCCCAUCUCUACUGCCGCUGAGUUCCUGGACUGGUUGGAUCGCCCUGAAAACUUUGGACAAUAUCCACUCUGGCUCUGUCCCUUACCCCCAGGAAGUGCCGGGGGUUUGGAAGGACAACCCAUUGACAGUGAAAAAGAUGAAACGGACGCGCAAAAGAAGACGCUCCUGAAUUUUGGAAUCUGGGGCCCCGGGGUAACUACCGAACAGGCCAGGUUUGUGGCACAAAAUCGGCAACUUGAACACAAGGUCCAGAGCCUGGGAGGCAAAAAAUGGUUGUAUGCACAUGCUUACUAUACAGAGGAUGAGUUCUGGACCAUCUACGACAAGCAUGGAUAUGAUGCACUACGAGGCAAGUACCAUGCUCAGCAUCUUCCCACUUUGUAUGACAAGGUGCGAGUGCGCCCUGAAGAUUUGCCCGGGGCGCACCGAGGAGAAUUUGAAAGCGGCUGGAAAGGGAUGGUCAAGCGUGCCCUGUGGGAUGUCUGGCCAUUCAGUGGAUUGUAUGGAGUCUACAAGGCCUGGAUGGGUGGCGAUUAUCUCUUGAAAAAGGAGCACCAUAAGCAGAAGUCUGAUUGA